GAUUUCUAGUCGCUGUCGCAAUAUGGCGCAUGGAUUGAGUUAAUAUUUUGCUUGAACUGUUCGUUCACUACCAAGACAAGGAGCGCAGGAGACAGGGGACGCUAGUCGCCAUUUUCAAGAAGGAUUUCAAGAUAUAUCAAUAAAGUUUGAAGUUUGAAAUCAAGAUGGGGGUACCAAAGUUCUAUCGGUGGCAGAGUGAGCGUUAUCCAUGUCUCAGUGAGGUUGUAAAAGAGAACCAGAUUCCUGAAUUUGACAACCUGUACUUGGAUAUGAAUGGCAUAAUCCACACAUGUACACAUCCCAAUGAUGAUGAUGUUCACUUCCGCAUGACUGAAGAGGAUAUGUUCAAAUCCAUCUUCCAUUACAUAGAGGUAUUGUUCCGCAUCAUCAAACCUCGCAAGGUUUUCUUCAUGGCUGUUGAUGGUGUAGCACCCAGAGCUAAGAUGAAUCAACAACGAGGUAGAAGAUUUAGGUCAGCUCUUGAGGCUGAGGAGAGGGAGAAGGAGGCUGUGCGCAAGGGUGAAACACUUCCAGACGAGAAGAGAUUCGACUCUAACUGCAUCACACCUGGUACAGAUUUCAUGGUCAGACUUCAACGACAACUCAAGUACUUUGUCAACACAAAGAUCACAGAAGACUCCAAGUGGCAGGGAAUUCGCAUCUUUCUGUCUGGGCAUGAGACUCCAGGAGAAGGAGAACAUAAGAUCAUGGAUUUCAUUCGAGCUGAGAAGGCCCAAAAAGAACAUGAUCCCAACACCAGACAUUGCCUGUAUGGGCUGGAUGCAGAUCUCAUCAUGCUGGGGCUCAUAUCCCAUGAACCACAUUUUUCAUUACUUCGAGAGGAAGUUCGAUUUGGCAAACAGGCAAAGAGACCAACGACAGUGGAGGAGACAACGUUUCAUCUUCUGCAUCUCUCCCUCUUCAGAGAAUAUCUUGCUCUUGAGUUCAGUGCCGUCAAGGAUCAAAUUGAUUGGUUUGAUGCAGAGUGCAUUAUUGAUGACUGGGUCUUGCUGGGAUUCCUUGUCGGCAAUGAUUUCGUACCCAAUCUACCUGAUUUGCAUAUAUCCCAUAGUGCACUGCCCUUGCUCUACAAGACCUACAUCAAAGUGUUGCCUACGUUGGAUGGAUACCUUAAUGAGGGUGGCUAUCUUAACUUGCCAAGAUUUGAGAAAUUCAUGAAGGAACUUUCCAAGUUUGACUACGAGAACUUUGAUAGUCAAUCCAUUGAUCUGAGUUUCUUAGAAGGCAAGCAGGAUGAGAAUGCCUGGAAGAGCAAGAAGGUUGAAAUGAAGAAAGCUAUCCGAGAGAAGCUUCAAGCAGAGAUACCAGGUUUCAUGAACAUGGAAUGGAUUGAGAACAAGGAUAUCGAUGAGCUCUCAAGUGAUGAGGAGGGUGAAGACUUUGAUCCAAUUGAGAUGGAAUUCAAAAUGAAGAAAAGGGAUUACUAUGACGACAAGAUGGGAUUCAAACACAUUACCAAGAAGCAAACGGCACAGAUUGUGAGUGAUUACAUUUAUGCUAUUCAAUGGAUCUUACAUUACUACUACAAUGGUAUUCAAUCAUGGAGUUGGUACUACCCACAUCAUUACUCACCCUACAUGUCUGAUCUGAAGGAUUUCUCUGACCUCGUUGUGACCCUUGACAAGGGUCAACCUUUCCUUCCAUUUGAGCAGUUGUUAGCUGUCCUACCUCCGGCCAGUAGGGAUCAUCUACCUCAAGCAUACCAUCCACUGAUGUUGAAUGAGAAUUCGCCAAUCCUUGAGUACUAUCCACUAGAGUUUGAGCAGGACCUCAAUGGCAAACUCCAAGCAUGGGAAGCUGUUGUGCUUAUCCCCUUCAUUGACGAGAAUCGGUUGUGGGCAGGAAUGAAGAUGUAUGAAGAUAAGCUGACCGAGGCUGAGAAGAAGAGGAACUGCCACAGUGAGCAUCUUCUCUACACCACAGACCUUGCCAACCCUCACACCUAUGUAUCAUCCUUACAGGGAAAGUUUCCUGAUAUACUCCACUGUGUCGCAAAGUGUGAGCUAGUAAGGAAAGAUGCAUUCCAGAUUGACAUCAGUAGGCUCAAGAAAGGACUCUUGGAAGAUGUGAGACUUGGAGUGUACUUCCCAGGUUUCCCAACACUCUAUCAUCUUGACUUUGAGCAUGAAGUACGGAAUGCUGAUGUGAAAGUCUUUCAGCAACCGAGUCGAGGAGAGAACUGCAUUUUGAGUGUGAACGCUACAGAUCAGAAGUCUGAUGCUAGACAGCUUGCCAAAGAGCUCCUGGGAAAAACUGUGUUUGCUGAGUGGCCCCAUCUUAAGGAAGUCAAAGUAGUAGCAGUAUCAGAUGGACAAUACAGGUAUGAAUUGAUAGAGGACUCGAGGGAAGGUAGCAUGCAGGAGAUGAAACUCAAAGGAUCAGAAGCUGAUAAAUGGAAGAGAGAUGCGAGAACCAUCGGGGAAGAGUACUUCAGGAGAAAAGGUGUCAAUAUCAGGGAAACCAAAGUCAUUCUCUAUGCCUGUCCUCUACUUGGUAGAAGGUAUGCGUGUGGCCUUGGUGGGAAUAUCACCCUUGAGAAGCAAUGGACCCUGUCUCCUAUUCCCUACGCAUAUCAGGUCACCUUGAAGGACAUUGCCAUCCAUGAUCCCAGCUUCCACCAGUUCAAGACGUUGUCAGAGCUUUACCCCAACGAUGCACCAUGUUUCAUGCUGGGCAACCCUCACUAUGGCUGCCAAGGAAAGGUUGAGGACACAAGUCAGGACAGAGUCCAGGUCCUGUUUUCAGCUCCUACUGAACCAAACCUGGAGUACAUCAAAGCAACUCAACAUUCCCACGCAGUGCAAUACCUGGAUAGUUAUGUGGUUGCUCAGCGAUUAGGCAUUUCAUCAUUGCAAGCAUCCAGACUAUCGGGUUCCAUAUAUGUGACAAGGGGACCUAGACCAUCGAGAAGUGAUGAAGGCUUCAGGGGGUCUGGUGUCAAUGUCGGACUCAAUCUGAAGUUCAACAAGUCAGAACAAGAGGUGCCCGGGUUCACCAAACGCAAUGAUGAAGGCAAAUGGAUAUACUCCAUUCAACUUUUGGAGAUACUGGAUGCCUAUAUAUCACAGUUCCCAGCCGUGUUGGCAUUCUUGCGUGGGAAAGGAUUUAAUGAUUCUUUGUUCGAGGAGGAGAUGUUCGCUGGAGCUGACUAUGGUCUGGAGGAGGUGAAAGCAUGGAUUGAGAAACAAGAUUCCACCAAAGCUCCCAAGAGCAAGAUAGGAUCAAAGGCUCUGGAAGCACCUGUCAUCAAACUCAUCGAGGAAGAAAUUGAGAAGGCCAAGGAGUCACCUAGUAGAAAGAAGCUGAAGCUUUCAGUUAGGCCUCACCUUUUGUACAGGCCUAUGGAGGGACAAGGUAACCUGAUCGCUGAUCCUGAUGCGGACUACCAGCUCUUUGAUAGAGUCAUUAACGUUAGAGAGGGUUUCACUGUGCCUCUAGGACUGCGAGGGGUUGUGACUGGGAUCCACACAGGGAAUACUGUUUUGGACACCACAUAUGAUGUCGUCUUUGAUGAGGAGUUUCCGGGUGCUCUAGAACUACGUUGUACUGGGAAGCGAGGCUAUCGUCUCAACCCCACGUCUCUCAUUAACAUCAGCUAUGGUCAUCGCAAGUUCAAAGGUCACCAGACGUAUGAGAAGACAACGGCCGUGGUGAAGCCACAGGUUAAAAAGGUGAACGACAACACUGCAGGACACACGCAGAGUCAGGAGUACUAUCGGAAUCGUAUGGCAGCACUAGGCUCAGCAGAGGCAGUAGGUGCCAGGGCAUCACAGUCCUCUAGCCCAGGGAAAAGAACAGGACAGAACAAACCCCAACAAGAGGCCUUCCCUAAUCAGGUUUAUUCCAGAAACAAGGUGAAAGAAGGUGCAGGAGGAUCUCCAAUCUCCUAUGCUAAAGCCUCUCAGGGGAAGGCAGCUGUUCCCCCAGUGAGGCAAACAACCUCUGUCCAACACUCUAAGACUGGUAUGCAAGGCUUGGGAAAGAUCCCAGGAGGUAAGACCGAUGUAAAGGCUGACAGACAUCACAAGGGCCACAUGGACUCUCCAGUCGGAGAAAAAAAAGUGACAAUCUUGAGACGGAAUCAAGAUCAGGAUGUGGCAAAGCAGGAUGUGAGAGGAUGGAGCGAGGAUAGCAAUCAAACUGCUUGGACAGAAAGUCAAUUUGUGAAGCCAGAGGUAAAACAGAAGGAAGAGGAAAGUCCGCAGUCGAAGCACACCGGCUCACCGUCUGCUCAGUUACCGCGUCUUACCAAGGGCAGAGAGCGGGAGGAUGUGGACGAGCUGUCAACCAUCUGGCAGAAGCUGAUGCAGGUCCAAGACAGCCCUGCAAGGAACAAGGAGGAGGAUGAUAAAAGGACAAGGAAGACCACCAGUACCACUGAGGAAGAUGAGGAGGGUCAGGAUGAUUCUGAGGAGUAUGUGACAAGCAUGGGAUCUCAAGAUGAUGAUGAUGACGGAGAGAGAAGAGGAGAGGAGGAGAUGGAGAGGAUGACACCCGACACCCAAUAUAGAAAGUCUCAAACAGAAGAGUUAUGUCGCCUCCUCAAUAUCAGUUCAGUGGACACUCCAACUGAGCCAGCAGAGCAACCCAAUCAGAAUGCUGGUCAGGAGUCUAGUGCGUCAUCAAGUGCGUCAUCAAGAAUAGGAUAUGCUAAGCAAGUUUCUGUGGCAGAACUCUUUGAAUCUGCCAAGAACACUGGCGCGCCCCCUCGCAGCCCUAUUAGUCUGCCCCAGGGAAGGCCUGUAGUGCACUCUAAACCCAUGGGACAGGUGGCUCCUCAUCCUCAAGUUGGCCCUCUGUUGAGUCCCCAUCUCAUGGGAAAGCAGCCGUUUCAGCCUUCAUCCGCACCCAAACAACCCUUCAUGGCAUUAUCCCCCUCCAAAUCUGGACAGGUUGGUCAAGUAGGCAUUCCAAUUCCUGGUAGUGUUGGUCAAGUAGGCAUUCCAAUUCCUGGCAGUGUUGGUCCAACCCUCACUCAUCGCACAGCGGUAUCACCCCAAAGGCCCUUCAUGACACCACAGAUUCUACAGGGUUCUCCAGUCAGCUACCAACAGUCUCACCAACAUGGCCCACAGUACUCUCCACCCGAGUACCAGAGAGGUACCCUUGGUGGCCCAGCUGAGUACCAGAGAGGUACCCCCCAUGGGGGCUCCGUUCCACCCAUGAUGGCCCAGGGGCACCCGUUUAUGCCACCACAAGGUCAGGACUACUACCAGGGACCGCCAAUGAUGAACAUUCCACCUGCAGCAGAGAUGCUCAAAGGCUGGUGCUUGGCAAAGAAUCUCGCUCCACCAAAAUUCACCUUUCAACCACUUCAACAGGGCAUGGUUAAAGCUGUAUGUACUCUUGGGGUAGGUAUCAGUUACGAAGGUCCACCUUGCCGGACUGAAUCCAUGGCUAUAGAUAGAGCUGCUGGGGUAGCCCUCCACAAGCUGCGUAUAGCUCCUGUUCAUCAGUUCAUGGGAGCUCCAAUACAGGGAACCCCUGGUAUGAUGCACCCUCCAAACAUGCAGUCCAACUACAGACCACAAGGAAUGCCUCAAAGAAUUCCUCAAGGAAUGCCACAAGGAAUAUCUCAAGGAAUGCCCCAAGGAAUGUCACAAGGUAUGCCUCAAAGAAUGCCUCAAGGAAUGACACAAGGAAUAUCUCAAGGAAUGCCCCAAGGAAUGUCACAAGGUAUGCCUCAAAGAAUGCCACAGGGAAUACCACAAGGCUACCAACAAGGGAUGCCCCCACCAAUGAUGUUACACCCUCAACAUCAAGAGCCUCCUGUUCCAGGCAUCUUCGUUCCUCUUCAGGUAACCAAGCAUCUUGCGACAUCCCUUCCUCGACUUAGUAGCUCUGAUGGAACCCAGGGAGUAUCCGGCAAUCCACAAGGUCCAGCUUUCGACCCAGUCUUUGAUCAACCAAGAACAGAACCGAGUCACUCCCAUCAUCUACCGCUUCAUAAUGAGCUUCGAUAUGAGGCGGACACUGCAUCAGAGCGCAGCAGACUAUCGGAUGUUACUCAACCAGGAGGACAAGGUUCCUCACAGCUUGAUAAAGGUUACCCUCAGCCCGAUUACACCACACAUACUGCAGUAGGUGGGACUGAUAAUACUCAACAGAGCCCAGCUUCUAAGGGUGUGACACCAUCAAGAGGAUCAAAGAAGAGCAAGGCUAAGUUAGCAAUAAGCUUCUCAGCGGGAAAAUAAUUGUAUUACCUGUAGCUCUGGAUAUCACAUAUCAAUGUCAAACACAGAGCUGCCAACCAUUCCGUUUUUGCUGGAAUUACUCUUGUUUUUUCCUCCAAGUUACGGUAGUAUGUUUUUUCUUCAUAAAAUACUUUUUUUUUUUAAAUUUAAAAAUAAUUUUUUUUUAAAUUAAAUAUACCGCACGUUAAACAAAUGCCCUAAAAUGUUUAUUUGAUCACAAAUUCAAUCGAAAACUACGUUUAAAACAUACCAGUACUUGAAAACAUACUUGAAGAGAACAAUAUUCUCAAAAAGAAUGAAAUGCCGAUAAUACCAAAAUAACCGGGAAAAAAUACCUGCUUGUAUGGAAAAAACAGCAUGAGGAAUGGACAUUUCUGCUUUGAAAUUGUGUUGCGCGUGGUUGCAAGUUUCGUUUUAAUGAAUUCUUUUUUUAUGCCAUCAUGGUUCCUUUUUUUGGUCGCACAAGGUUGCCAGCUCUACAAAUAAGGAUUAAAAUAAGAAGAUCAAUAUUACAACAAUUACAUUUUGUUUGAAAAUAUAAUUUUUUGUAGAAGAAAGACUUUUUAUUCCUAUGCCAUUACUUACAUGUAAUUAAUGCAAAUGUUUUCUCAAUCAAUAUGAAACUAAUUUCAUUUUAAAGCUUUCCAGCUGGUUGGUGUCAUCUGGUACAAAUUUUCCCCUUGGGCAAAUAUUAUUUACACAAUUUCAAAAUUUGGCUCUGAUUUAUGGGCAUCAUAAUGAAUGCAAUUUCUGCACCAUCGGCAUGCAGUCAAUCCCCAGCAUCUGCUAAUACAUGUAGGUAUCUAUACAUUCAGUACAUACAUGUAUUCAUAUACGAUUGGUGUGUGCAUACAUAAUGAGCGGUCACCCUGAAAUCAAGUUCAGUUCAGUGCACGCCAAGUACUCAGUUUUGACUGCAUAGAAAUGGUUCUUCCACACUAUAUAUUAAAUUGAGGGCGGGGGGGGGGGGUAUUUUUCUUGUUUCAUUUUGUAUACAUGUACCUAAACCUGGCCUCGUGUACAUAUUUUUUUUUUUAAACAGAAUUUCACAAUUUUUAGCUCUUUUUGUAUCAUAGUUAAGGUAAAUUUCUGAUGCCCCCCCCCCCCCCCCGAAAAACAAAAGAUAAUUAAAUUAAUUGAUUACUAAUUAAUAAUUUUUUUUUUUUUCUUUAAUAGUAUAAUUUUCAUUUUAUUUAUGUCAUUGGUUAAAGCUUUUACAGAAUAUUUUACAGCCAUUUCAAUUAUGUAGGCCUAUUAUAAGGAUUUAUGGACAUUUGUAUACAAUUCACAUGAAAAAUUUAGAUUUUUGAUUAUGUUUUAUUCACACAGUUUUUAAAUAAUUCUUAAAGUAGGCUCCCAUCAAUUAUUGUUUCAUUGUGAGAGAAUUGUUGGAGAGUUACAUGAAAUCGAUCUUGUUCUUUUGACCUUCACUAUUGUCACUGCUUCUUACUGUACACAUUUUGAAAAUCUGUUAUACUGCAUGCUUGUGAUGGGUUUAUAUGUCAUUGAUUUUUGUUUUUCACUUUUUGUCUGUUUUUUUUUUUUAAUGUGCCACUAUAUUACUUUGCAUUACUUGUAUGAAGGGAUUUAGGCGAAUAGGACAAUCGAUGUAUCUUCAUGGUAAGCAAAAUAGUGCACAGACAACCAUUUAAUUUUAUUGUCAAUAUCUUGUGGUUUCUUAAAAGUAACUGGAUGGCUGAUGACUUUGUAAUAUUGUUUUAAUAUGUCUAUAACAAUGUGUAAAAAGUGAAUACAGUUUUAAAUAGUCAAAGACUUGGACAUUGGUUUUGUGUGCCCUACUUUAACAUAAUGCUCUGGUAAUGACAAAAUAACUUUGUGUGGUUUUAAUGUUCAAAUAAUUUAAAAACAUAAAAGGAUAUAAUGGUGAACAUUUAGAUUUCAUACAAUUAAUAUAGACGAUACGUGCCAUAUUAAAUUAUUUACUGAGCAUUGCGUCUGAAAUUUGAACGCAUCAAGAGGGCUGCACAGAGCUUGCAUAGUGCUGCACACAGCUUGCAAAGCAAGGCGCUAUGGAAAAAUGAAGGCAUAAACAUGCGACUUGAAUACAGGUUGCCAUUGGCUACGUUCUUGAACCCGUAUUAUAAAGUACUUUUAGGUUAGUAUAGUAGGCAUAUAUUGUUCAUCAAUAGAUUGUCCUUAUGAAGUAAUUAUAUUUUCUAAUUUAUGGCUAGGCAAAAAAAGAUGUAUCCAAUUGAACCUGAAAUGAACUGAAUUAGUUUCUAAUAAACCCUCACUAAAAUAAAAA